AUGGCUGGCACCGCUCAAUACACGUCAAUUACUCAGACGGUCACUGCUCAACCGCAACCACAGAACGCCACGUUCCUUCCAUUCCAACAACCAGCCGUACCACAACCAAAGAAACCAUGCAAGUGCUGUGCUCCAUGUUGCAUGUUCUUUCAGAUCUGCGCUUGUCUAGCCGAAGUCUGCUUCGCCGUUUGCGAUUGCCGUGAAAUUUAA